AUGGCGUCGUCACAAGCUUCUCUUCUUCUUCAGAAACAGCUCAAAGAUCUCUGUAAGCAUCCGGUUGAUGGAUUCUCUGCUGGUCUGGUUGAUGAGAAGAAUAUAUUCGAAUGGGGCGUUACGAUUAUCGGACCUCCUGAUACUCUCUAUGAAGGAGGAUUCUUCAACGCCAUUAUGUCUUUCCCACAAAACUAUCCCAAUAGCCCACCCACGGUGCGGUUUACUUCAGAUAUUUGGCAUCCUAAUGUAUAUACCGAUGGCCGUGUUUGUAUAUCUAUUCUGCAUCCUCCUGGUGAUGAUCCAAGCGGAUAUGAGCUUGCAAGCGAGCGCUGGACGCCUGUUCACACUGUUGAAAGUAUCAUGUUGAGUAUCAUAUCUAUGCUUUCUGGUCCCAACGAUGAAUCUCCAGCAAAUGUUGAAGCUGCUAAAGAAUGGAGAGAGAAGAGAGACGAGUUCAAGAAGAAAGUGAGCCGUUGUGUGAGAAAGUCUCAAGAAAUGGUGUGA